CCUCUCUGCCAAUCGGGAGUUCACAACGUAUUUUCCGACCGUUGACUCCCAUAUAAAAUGUGACGCGCUGCGCGAGCUUAUUCUGGUUUUUGUCGUGCUUGCGUGGUGGGAGUUAGGUGGUGAGGCGAAAUAUGUCGCGGUACGGGCGUUACGGAGGAGAGGCCAAGGUCUAUGUUGGAAACCUAGGAACUGGUGCUGGUAAAGGCGAGCUGGAACGUGCAUUCAGUUACUAUGGACCGCUGCGUACUGUGUGGAUUGCAAGAAACCCGCCGGGUUUUGCGUUUGUUGAGUUCGAGGACACAAGGGAUGCGGAAGAUGCUGUGCGAGGGCUUGAUGGAAAGGUGAUUUGUGGAUCCAGAGUUCGUGUGGAGCUAUCAACUGGCAUGCCUCGACGUUCACGAUAUGAUAGACCUCCUGCUCGUCGCCCAUUUGACCCCAGUGAUCGAUGCUACGAGUGUGGUGAAAAGGGUCAUUAUGCAUAUGACUGUCAGAGGUAUAGCAGACGCAGAAGGGGCAGCAGGUCCAGGUCUCGAUCUCACUCAAGAUCACGUGGAAGGAGAUAUUCCCGUUCUCGCAGCAGAAGCCGUGGCAGGAGGUCUCGAUCUGCUUCUCCUCGCAGAUCAAGGUCAGCAUCUCCCCGCCGAUCCAGGUCUGGCAGCCCACGCAGGUCAAGAUCAGUUUCUGUUAAAAGAUCAAGGUCUAGAUCCAGAUCUAGGUCAAGAUCCAGGUCUGUUUCACGUCCAAGAAGCAGAUCAAAGUCUAGAUCUGCUACUCCAAAAAGAAGUGAUGUGAUUGUCUCUUGCAGCCGCUCUCCUUCUAGGAGCCCACGGAGGAGCAUAAGUCCAGAAAGGAAUGGAUAGAUGACAUGGUGGUCUGAAAGGAAUGUGUAAAUGAGUCUCCAGAUAUCCUGCAUUGGACAACUUGGGUUUAUUUUAAACUUUGUUACUUCACUUCAGUAGGCUAGCGUACCAUGUAUGUUCCCUCUCAUCUGAAGGUGAAAAACUUUUGUAUCUCGAAAUUAAAGUGUUAUUAACUAA